AUACCGACGGACGCGAUCGGGCCCCGACUCUCUGAUUAAGUCGGACUCACCAGAUAACACUCGUAACGAGUUUCUCACUCUUUCUCCAGCUAAGGUCGAAGCAAGUGUACAGAAAUGUCGAGCUAUCACAAACCGGAAGCUAAGGUGGUGCAGGAGCUGAAAGACAUCGCGAACAAACUUCGCAUCCACUCGGUUUCCAGCACUCAGGCUUCGAAAUCUGGACAUCCGACAUCAUGCUCGUCCAUCGCCGAGAUCAUCUCCGUGUUGUUCUUCAACACAAUGCGCUACAAGAUUUCAGCGCCAAGGGACGCGUCCAGUGAUCGUUUCGUCCUUUCCAAAGGUCACGCUGCUCCUAUCCUAUAUGCAGCCUGGGCCGAAGCUGGGCUCUUCCCAGUCGAUGAUCUGAAAAAUCUUCGUAAGUUGGGAUCAGACCUCGAGGGUCAUCCAACUCCCCGCCUCAACUUCAUCGAUGUAGGCACUGGCUCUUUAGGCCAAGGAUUGGCCAUCGCCGCUGGUAUGGCGUACGUUGGCAAAAACUAUGACAAAGCCAACUACAGAGUUUAUUGUUUGGUCGGAGAUGGUGAGAGCGCGGAAGGCUCCAUCUGGGAGUCUCUCCACUUCGCAAGUUAUUACAACUUGGACAACCUUUGCGUCAUCUUUGAUGUAAACCGUCUGGGACAAUCCGAACCUACCUCUUUGGCUCAUGAUGUCGAGACCUACAGGAAGCGUCUUGACGCUUUUGGUUUCAACACCAUCGUCGUUGAUGGCCACAACAUUGAUGAACUCGUCAAAGCCUUCCACACAUCCACCACCACCAAGAACAAGCCAACAGCGAUUGUAGCCAAGACUUUCAAAGGCAAGAACUUCCCGAAAAUCGAAGACGUGGAAAACUGGCAUGGAAAGCCAUUGGGCGCUGAAUCUGAGCGUGUAUUGCAGCAUCUCCGUGGACUGAUUAAGAAUGAAGGACCAAUCCUACUGCACCCGCAGAAACCAUUGAAGGACGACGCUCCAGUUGUUGAUAUUACUAACGUUAAAUUGUCUACCCCUCCAGCUUACAAACUUGGAGAGACUAUUGCCACCAGGCAAGCAUACGGAAACGCUUUAGUUAAGAUUGCUGAAACCAACCCUCGCGUUAUUGCUCUUGAUGGCGAUAUGAAGAAUUCUACCUUCUCUGAGAAGCUCAAGAAGAUGGAUGCUAAUCGUUUCAUCGAAUGCUUCAUCGCUGAACAAAACUUAGUUGGUGUCGCCAUUGGAGCGGCCUGCAGAGAUCGCACGAUCGCUUUCGUCUCGACCUUCGCUACAUUCCUCACCAGAGCGUUUGACCAAAUUCGCAUGGGAGCUAUUUCCCAAACCAAUGUGAAUUUUGUCGGUUCGCAUUGCGGUGUCAGCAUUGGUGAAGAUGGUCCCAGUCAGAUGGGAUUGGAAGACUUAGCUAUGUUCCGUUCCAUCCCCGGAUCUACGAUCUUCUACCCAAGUGAUGCUGUUGCUUGUGAGCGCGCUAUCGAACUGGCUGCCAACACCAAGGGUGUGACUUUCACCAGAACAAACCGUCCAGCUACAGCAGUCAUCUAUGACAACAACCACGUGUUCCAAAUUGGAAAGGCUAAUGUUGUUCAGAAGACCGACAAUGAUCAGGUCUUAGUCAUUGGUGCCGGUGUGACCCUUAACGAGGCCAUCACCGCCUCCCACGAUUUGGCCAAGGCUGGAAUCAACGUAAGGGUCUUAGAUCCUUUCACCAUCAAGCCAAUCGAUAGUUCUGCUAUCAUUGCGAACGCUAAGGAGUGCGGUGGUCGCAUCAUUACCGUUGAAGACCACUACCCAGAAGGUGGUUUGGGUGAAGCAGUCCUCUCUGCCAUCUCCCAAGAACGCAACAUUGUUCUUAAAAAGAUGGCUGUUCCAAAGGUACCAAGGUCAGGACCUCCGACCGCACUAUUGGACUACUACGGCAUCUCAGCGAAACACAUUGUAAAUGCCGUACAAGAAAUCUUGAAGCUCUAAGUCCUCUAAGUAAAACAUUUCACCAACAUUCAUUUAUAUAUAUAAUAUUUUUAUAUACCAAUGUCAUAUUUUAUAUUCAGUUUAUAAAAGAAUCUAAUAAAACAUUUUUACUAAUUCAAGAAAAAUUCACACCUAUAUGAAUUGAAUUGGAAUGUACACCGAGCAAAUAAAGUUAUAUAGCUUUAAUAC